AUGCAUGCAACCAGAGCAAGUCUGCGCAAUCUGAUGCUGCUUGCCAUUAUCGGCGUGGCCAGCGCCGAAGCUGUCGGCAUCUCCCGGGAUGUCGCCGUGAGUGCGAUCGCCUGGGGCUCCCUGCGCUGCCCGCCAGACGGCUCGACCAAUCUGCCCACGCCCACGUACGGCACUGAGAAGGUCGUGUUCCAGGUCUGCAGCCAGGUCGUCAUCAACGCGCCGACUGCCGCCGUCUACCACGCGCUGCUCGACUUCCAGUCCUACUCCCUCUGGAACAGCUUCGUGGUGGACGUUGCGCUGCCGGCGGACGUCCGGAGGACGCCCGACGAUGUCCGCGUCGGCAACAGCAUGGUCUUCACCACGGCGGGGAUCCUCCCGCUGAUCAACACCACCAGCACCGAGAUAGUCACCAAGCUGUUGGACGAGGACGAGACGCAGGCCGGAGGGUACCUGAUGGCGGCGUGGCGGUCCGAAGACGGCGCCGGAGGGUUGCUGUACCGCGCGGAGCACCCCACCAUCCUCGUCGACCAGGGCGACGGGACUACCCUGUCUGUGUCGUACGAGCCGUACUACGCCGGCCUGCUCACGCCUGCGCUGCGGCUGCUGCAGGGAAAGCUGCAGAGGUUGUUUGAACAGCAGAACGGGGACGUCAAGGCUCAGGUUACGUGGAGGGAAGGCAACAUCUUGGGAAAUAACGAUGUGGCUGGGUUUCGGGGCAAGCUGACCACUCUUAGUCCUGCCUGCUCUCAAGAUACUUGCCCACUCGAGUCGUCGAAUUUGGAUGGUGUCAAUCUCCUGUUCUUGCCAGUUCGGGAAAUCCCCCAAGGAGUUCAGCGAGAGACCGUUCGAUCCUUCCUUAGCCCUUAUUGA